CGAGCGUCUCCCAUUGCUUGCCAACUUUUCCGUCCAAUCUUUUCUGGGUGUCCCGCGCCUCUGUCCUUGGGCGUUCCCGUCGCACAGAGUUUAGCAUCAGAGCGAUUUUAAUGUCAAGCAGCGAAGAGCGCCUGUCGGAGGAAUACGUCCAGGAUGCGUUCCACAGCUACCUCAAGAGCUCGCUCACACAGGCCAAGGUCGAGCGGCUGCUCGACGUCGACAUGCUCAGCAGCGCGGAAGGGGAUCUCAUGAUCACCGGCCCCGCACUAUGCCUCUACUUCGCCGCGCUGCGGUGCACGACCCACCCGCCGUCCGUCCCGCUCCCGCGCAUCAACAAGACCACGCCGCCGCUCGAGCUCACCGGCGACAACUGCCCGCGCCCGUUCAUCGCCUUCCUCGCCGUCUGGGCGCACACCGUCCCCGAGAUCCAGGCGCUCCCGCCCGAGCACCAGCACGACCUCGCGCGCGCCAUCUGCGGCCUCCCCGCGCUCGCGGCCCCGCCCAACCCGCACCUCCCCCGCAUCGCCGCCGAUCUGCGCGCGGUGGCGAUCGAGAUCAGCCAGCGGCGCUCGUUCCAGGAGCGCUACUCCGCGGAUCUGCAGGCGGCGAUCGACGCGGGGGAGGGCGGCGGGGGCAGCGCGCGGAAGGUGCGCGCGUCGUUCGCGCCGCCGCCCGCGUACGACCCCAGCCCGUCGCCGUCGACGGGCUCACCGCACCCCUCGCCGCGCGCGGACGCGUUCGACCUGCCAUCCCCACACGCCCCUUCGCACACGCACACCCGAACACCCUCGACGGCGUCCGGCUUCCUCUCGCCCGCCGGGCCGGAGUACCUCGACCCCAAGGCGCCGCUCGCCCGGCCCCCGUCCCCGUCGAUACUCACGCCACACUCCCCCGCGAUCGAGCUCAUCCGCGAGACGCUCUACGCGUCGCUCGCGGACGUGCUCGCGCGCGCGCCCGCCAUCCGCGCGCUGCUCGCGCGCGACCCGCCGCGCGCGUACUUCGCCGCGGUCGCGCUGGCGGUUCUGGACGUCGCGGCGACGUGCGUCACGCCCGAGGGCGACGUGGUCGGCGUGCUGGGGACACGGCUGACGCUGGCGGAGUGUCCGCCCGCGCUGCGGCCGUUCAUGGUCGAGCUGGGGGGGAUCGCGCGCGCGGCGAGGGAGAUGGAGGAGCAGGAUGACGAGGCGGCGAUGCGGCUCGCCGCUGCCGGUGAAGACGUCCCCGCGCCCCGCCUGGAGAGGGUGCGCAAUAUGCUUGAGCGCGGGGUCGGGCACGAUGCGGGGGAGCGGGAGCAGGGCAGGCGGAGUGUGGAAGGCAGGGCGGUGGCGUUUGCCAAUAGGGUGAAUGCGCUCGCGCUGGGGCUGACGCGGCUGCGCGCGUUUAGGGAGCGCCAGGGGGAGGUGUUCAAGGUCCUUGCUGGGGUGGGCACGUAGCGUUCCUGCCGGGAGCGGUGCUGAUGUUUUUGGGGCUCUUGGUUCUGUAGCAUGCGUGAUUGGCUGUGGUUUGGUUAAAUGGACGACUUGUAGCGAGUAUAAGGAACGAAUCUAGUGUAUACCCAUCUAUUGAUUAUGUGUAUGGAGAAGAACUAAAUGCAAUUUGUAUCACCUCUCGCCUUCAACUUCCGCGCUGGCAUCGUUCCCUCCGCAUCCG